GCCGCGGCUGCUUUCCCGGCGCCGGGCACCUGCACCGCACAGGCCGAGAGCACGCUGGCCAUGUGCAGCCCGGAGGAGGCAGCCCUGCUGCGACUGGAGGAGGUCUCCUCGGCCACCCUCGCCCGCAUCAACAGCCUUGUCCUCCAGCCCCUGCUUGCCGCUGCCGCAGAGCCCACGGACGCCCAGGGCAGAGAGUGCCUGCGGCUCUUGCAGCAGCUGCACCGGAGCUCCCAGCAGCUCUGGGAGGAGACCGAGGAGAGCCUGCACUCGCUGCGGGAGAGGCUGCGCCGCCCGGGCGCCGUGGCUCUGGAAUCCCUGCUGCUGCUGCGCCAGGCUGACCACGUCCUGCAGGUCCACGUGGAGUACCUCGAGGCCUAUACGAGCUGCGUGGUGGCACAGGCGUUUCAGAAGGCAGCAAAGAGGAGGAGCCAGUACUGGCGGGGCCAGCGGAAGGCACUGCGGCAGCUCCUGUCGGGCGCGAGCACGGAGGGCCCAGUGGGCGCCACGCUGGUGCAGGCGCUCCGCCAGCCCCUCACCCACCACGUGCAGCAGUAUGUGCUCCUGCUGCUGAGUCUGGGGGACACCAUCAGGGAGUGUCACCCCGCCCGGGAGCUGGUGGUGCAUGCGGCCACCAUCUUUGGGGACCUACAGUCCUUCGUGGGGCAGGCGCUGGAGCAGGCUGUGGCCACACAGGCGCUAUGGCCCAUGCUGAGCAGCCGGCAGAGGGAUGCGCUCUACACCCCUGCUCGCCGACUCCUGCAAGACAGCCAGGAGCUGCCCCUGACGGUCUCCCCGCUGCGGGCCGAGCGUGUGCUGCUCUUUAAUGACGCCCUUGUCCUGCUGCAGGGCCACAGUGUCCACACCUUUGACCUGAAGCUGGUGUGGGUGGAUCCUGGGCAGGAUGGGUACACCUUCCACCUCCUGACACCUGAGGAAGAGUUCUCCUUUUGUGCCAAGGAUCCCCAGGGCCGGGCGGUCUGGCAGUGGAAGGUGACCCAGGCAGUGUGUCAGGCCCUGCGUGGGAAGAAGGACUUCCCAGUGCUGGGGGCUGUCCUGGACCCCCCCGAUCCCCCCCCCUGCCGCUACGUAGCAUACACCUUCCGUGCAGAGGGCCGCCUGUGCCAGGCCACCUACGAGGGCGAGUGGUACCGGGGCAGGCCCCAUGGCAAGGGAACCCUGAAGUGGCCAGAUGGGCAGGAACACGUGGGAGAGUUCUGCCGAGGCCGGGAGCACGGCUUUGGCAUCCGCCUGGUGCCCCAGGCCUCUGAGGACAAGUACGACUGUUACAAGUGCCACUGGAGGGAAGGCAGCAUGUGUGGCUAUGGCAUCUGUGAGUACAGCACUGAUGAGGUGUACAAGGGCUAUUUCCAGGAGGGUCUGAGACAUGGAUUUGGGGUCCUCGAGAGUGCCCCUCAAAGCCCUCAGCCCUGCAAGUACACAGGCCACUGGGAGAGGGGCCAGAGAAGUGGCUACGGCAUUGAGGAGGACAGUGACAGGGGCGAGCGCUACAUUGGCAUGUGGCAGGCUGAUCAGCGCCAUGGCCCGGGGGUCAUGGUCACCCAGGCCGGUGUUUGCUACCAGGGGAACUUCCAGGCUGACAAAAUGAUGGGCUCAGGGAUCCUGCUCUCUGAAGACGACUCCUUGUAUGAAGGCAGCUUCACCAGGGACCUGACCCUUGUGGGGAAGGGCAAGGUCACCUUCCCCAAUGGCUUUACCCUGGAGGGCUCUUUUGGCAGUGGGUCAGGGAGAGGACUGCACACCCAGGGCGUGCUGGACACGGCUGCUGUCCCACCGGAUCCAAGCAGCACCCGGAAGAGGCAGCUGGGUCUGGGCUCCUUCCCGGUGGAACGCCGCUGGCAGGGCGUCUACACCCCCUUCCGGGACUUUGUGAGAGCCGGCUGCCCUGGGGAGCUGCAGGAGGCCCUGCUGGGCCUCCAUGUGCCCAGCCCGCGGGAGCUGCGCAAGUCCCAGGAGUGUCUGUGCUGCGAGAGGACCCACCCUGAGGACAGUGCAGGCAGAAUGGACGACAUCCUGGACGAGCUGCUGCAGCACCGGGAGCCUGAGGCCCUGCAGCAGUGCCUCAGGAAGGCUCUGAACAACUCCCUGCAUCCCCUUGGGAAGUUGCUCCAGACGCUGAUGCUCACCUUCCAGGCCACCUAUGCUGGCAUUGGGGCCAACAAGCACCUGCAGGGGCUGGCCCAGGAGGAGGUGAAGCAGCAUGCCCAGGAGCUGUGGGUGGCUUACAGGAGUAUGCUCAAGGUUGCCUUGCAGCGCAAGGGCCUGGCCCCGGAGGCGGAAGACGACGCAGAGACGAGGGACCUGCAGGUGCACAGCUUGGUGCUGCCUCUCGUGCUGCCCAGCUUCUACUCGGAGCUCUUCACUCUCUACUUGCUCCUUCACGAGAGAGAGGACGGUCUCUACAGCCAGGGCAUCGCCAACCUCAGUCUGUUCCCCGACACCAAGCUGCUUGAGUUCCUGGACGUGCAGAAGCACCUGUGGCCUCUCAAGGACCUCACGUUGACAACCAACCAGAGAUACUCCCUAGUCAGAGACAAAUGCUUCCUGUCAGCCACAGAGUGUCUGCAGAAGAUCAUGACCACAGUGGACCCCCGGGAGAAGCUGGAGGUGCUGGAGAAGACCUACGGGGAAAUCGAGGCCACUGUGUCACGGGUGCUGGGCCAGGAGCACAAGCUGCCCAUGGACGACUUGCUGCCGCUGCUCAUCUACGUGGUGUCACGUGCUCGAAUCCAGCACCUGGGAGCCGAGAUCCACCUGAUCCGUGACAUGAUGGACCCCACCCACACAGGAGGCCUGUAUGACUUCCUGCUCACAGCCCUGGAGUCCUGCUACGAGCACAUCCAGAAGGAAGACAUGAGGCUGCACCGCUUGCCCAGCCGCUCGGACUUCACGGAGCUCUGGUAGCUUGGUCUCGUCUGCAGAAAUGAGAGAGGCCCUGGUGGACUUCCUGGAGGAGCGAGCCGGCCCCAGGGGCAGUGGGCAGGAUGGACUCGGUGGCGGCUGUGGAGGAGAUGAGCAUGAGGGGGAGCCUCAUGGGGUUGCCCUGACUGGGGUGAGGGGAGGGAGGGCUUCAGAGCUGGAGGGUCCCUCGACCUGUAGUCACUCACAGACUGAGCCUCAGCUUCUCCUUGCCUGGGCCUCACACCAAGCGAUUGAACCUUCUUGGGCCUCAGUGUUACCAUCUGUAAAAUGGAGGACUGGAUCAUGGUGUGGGACCUUCCAUCCAUCGGGCUGGAUUUUAGAGUUUUCUAGAAAUCUUACUUUUAGUCCGUUGGGCUGUAACUGAAACCCUCAUGUCACUGCCAGUCUCCUUCGCUGUUUCUUCACUCCUGGGCAGAAGCUUCCAUGCUGCUAGAAACAUCUAUUUGUUGGGCCUCCUUCCCAUGAGGACUUCCUGAGGACUUGCCUCGGAGCUAUAAGGCAGGGAAGUUCCCAACCCACUGAGGCUUGCUGGGUAGCCUCUGGCCAGGCUUGAGGGGGUGGACUUAGAGUCUCUGAACUGCAGUCCAUACACCCCAGAUGUCAAGGGUGGGGAUGGGACAAGCUGAGGUAGGGACAAGAGGGAGGAAACUCACUUGGCUUCCUCACUGCCAGCAGCCCCAAGAGGCCCAUGAAUGACACACUUGACCUGUGGGCCUGAGGGGCAGCAGGGUCAUGGAGCGGCUUGUGCCCUGACCUCUGGUUCAGGACUCCAUUCCACGUCAUCAGGGUAGGGUGGUGAGUGGGAGCUCAGAGCUUUUAAUGGUGAUUUUAAGUGGGACCAAAGAAGAUGGAAGCUGAGUCUGAGGCAGCUUCAUCUCUCUGGAGCCUCAGUUUCUCCUCCCCACACAGAUGGGGCUUGAGCCAGGGGGACCUGUAUGUCCGCCUCCCCCAGGAGGGGCCAGUCUAAGAGGUCAAGCUUGCCCUGUACUGUUGGCAAAUCAGGUCACGCCUCUGGGCUUCAGGUGGGCCUCCAUGAACAAGCAUCCAAGCAUGGGCCCCAGCUGUGAGAGAAGGGCUGGGAGGCACCGAGAAAGUCCACUCACACCUGAGCCCAGGGCUGAAUUCCCAUGAGGAGCCUCGGGGCAGGCGGCACAUGAGGACGCUCAGAAAAUGUGGGCAGGAACUCCCACAGGACAGGACCAUGGAAGUGGCAGCCUGAAGGAAGGGUCUGGCUGUGCUUUUUCCAGGAACCUGUGGUGUCCCCAAGGGGGAUGGACUAAAGGUAACCGGGAUCCCAUGAACCCUCAUGCUCACCAGGACUAAGGUAGUUAACCAGCAUUUUAAUCCUUUCCAGCUGCAGCCUCACUCCAGAGACCCCCUCCCCACUCUACCCUGCCUCCUUCAGCAUCAGCGCACCCCGCACCCCGCACCCCAGUGCCCAGCUGCGGUCAGACUGACCAGGGCUCGCCAUCCACCCUCUUGCCGGGUCUUGCCACAGCCCCUGAUGAACCGGCACUUGUGGACACUUGUGGAAUUGAGACGGGGAGAUGAUCGUGGGCUGUCUGGGUGGGUCCAAUCUCAUCACAAGAGUGGAAAAGGGAGAUGGAAGAGGACCAGAGGUGUGAGUACUGUGUGAGUACUGAGGGUCAGCCAGAGGGGUCGGUGCUGCUGGCUUUGAAGAUGGAGGUACUGGGGGUGGGGAGAACACAGGAAUGUGAGAGCCUCUCCAAGCUGGACAAGGUAAAGAAAUGGAUUUGCGUCUAUAGCCUUCCAAAGGAUGGGCUCCCUAGGAUGUUUACAACAGGUCUUCCUAAAAUAUGUCAUGGGGCAUGCGGGCUUUUUUCAGGUCAUCAAGGCCUUCCAUGCCCUUAACUACCUAGAAGAAUGAAAAUUGGGGCAUUACCCAGAAUGAGGAUUUUUAUCAGAAAUAAUCCUAUCUGAGAAACUUAUUUAUAUGACAGAGCAAACAUCUAAUUAUAGAGCAUCUGAUCUUCAUCUUGAGUCGUCCUCUCUUCAUCAUGUGGGGUUCUCCUCUUUCCUUGAAGUCCUAGUCCCUUUCCUGAACUGGAAGCCCUGUAUCCCCUUCCUUAGCUUAGGAGAUAAACCCUCAUUUGGUUCUAUUUCUCUUUAGAAUCUAUAUCCAUGUAUUGAUAGAUUCCCUAUACACAUGUAAUUAUAUUUGUUCUUUUUUCCCACUAAUCUGAUGUGAAUUUGAUUGCUCUACCAGUCCAAGAAGAAUCCAGAAGGAAUUGGGGGAUAUUUCCUCUCUGUACCUACACCCCAGAGAGGAACUAGGCCCUACCAGCAUUUUGAUUGUAGCCCAAUGAGAGCUAUGUUGAUUUUCUGACCUACAGGACAAAAAGAGAAUUUGUGCUGACUUAAGUCACUGAAUUUGUGAUAAUUUGCUACAGCAGCAAUAGAAAACACAAACAUUGGUUAACACUUUUACUGGUGUGGUCACACUUCCUGCCCCGACUUCAGCUAAUACAGGGACUUCCUCCGACUCCCCAAGGCCCGCAUGGUCCCCUUCGCGCCAGGUGCUGGACAGUACUCUCUAAGCCAGCCCACCUGUCCCACCUCCUUCUCUGUGCUGGUCGGCUCUGACUCUCAGGAAACUCUUCCCGCUGAUGGCCUCUGGCUCUCUGAUCUUUAUUGCCAGUCCAUGACCCCUGGGUGGUGCAAACCCCUGUGUGUGAGCCCCAGGUUCCCAGGAAGCCAAGAUUCUGUUUCCUCCCGGCUUGAGAUGACUGUAGUUUAUAAACACCCCGGUGGUCUGUGAGGCCGCUGUGAGGGGCUGCUUUUGGCCCAGCCUUGCCCAGUCUUCCUCACUAGACACUCCUGGUCAUGUGGCCCCCUCCCUCUCAGGGUUGGGGUAGGUGACAAAUCACACAUCCUCUAGUUCUGUUUCUUAAAAGGGGAUGAGGUCGCUUUUUUUCACACACCUUCACAAAAAUAAAUCCCAGGUGACUCAAGCAAUUAAGAGGUAAAAAUAAAACUAGAGACCAUUUAAAGGAGCAUUUAAGAGCAUCAACUCUUAUUCUUGCUGCCUUGGGGUUUUUGGGAGGAAUGAAAACAGCACCUGUAGGCUAUACAAAAGCUGGACAAUCUAUCCUAGAAGUAAAGGGAAAAUGAAGUCUAGUGCAUGUAAAUAAAUAAUAGAUUUACUGUUGGUGAGAGGAGUGUCCAAGACAACCUCAAUGUUGCAGGAGCUGUUGAUGGAGAAACCCUGGUGGGCUAGAUAACACGGGGAAACCUUUGUUGACUGAGAAAGUUAUGAAUCUAGCUUUGAGCCACUAUCUUUACAAAAAAUAUGACUUAUUUUCAUGCAUGUGUUACAUAUCUCGUUGAGGGUCAUAGAGUAAAUCCUUAGAAUGCUCAUUAGACCUGCUGGUUUUACUUCUUAUCCCUUGUCAGAUGUUCUCAUCAGAACUCAGGAGGAUAAUGUGACAUUUGGGGGUGAACAUACAGUGUAGUGGCCCUGCACUACAGGUCAAGAUAGAAAAGAUCUCCAUGUCCGCUAUUCACUGGAAUAAAAGUCUCAAUGAUUGUCAAAGAGUUUAUUAGACAGUCAACGUGAGGAUUUGAACUCAGGAUGCAGCCCAACAGAUUUGAACUCUGAGAACUGUGUCAACCAUCGCAAGUUUGAAUCUAAUUUAUUUAAGUAGGAAUGGGGAGUCUUGGACAAUAAAAAUAUAAUUAUUGGGCCAUCCCUGGUGGUGACAUGGGUUAGAGCACAGCACUAACCGCAGCCACUGCAGCACGAAUUUGAUCCCCCCACCAGGGAAGUGACCCACAGGGCACGGCAGAGGGGCUCUUGACUUUAAGUUAUGCUGUCUUUGCCCGGAGCAAGGCAAUGCUGGGGUUUAAUCUCUUCCUUUCCAAAGAUUGCACCGAGGAGCUGCAAAGGUGAGGUUCUCCUUUCAAUUCUCCUUUUCCUGCUCCUUGGUCACUAGUGGAGGUUGAGAAGCCUGGGUUACUGGACAACAGUACAUUUCUGAAUAGUUGCUUUACAAACUUCAAAUGUAAUUUGGUGGCUUUAUUCUUUUGUCUGCUAGAGCAGAGAGGGGUCCGUCCCAGAACAUUUUACAGUGUGUUCACAUUGUGACCUCCUCUUGGUGGUGUGAGAUCUAGAGCGGAGGGUGAUCCAGACCUCACAGAAA